GCGAACGCGUGCGGUAGACAUUUCGCGAUUAACUAAAUGAGUGUUAUGUACCGUUUUGGUUGAAAGAAAAAGCAUAACUGUAGUAUGUGUGUGUGAGUGCACAUUUGAAGCAGUUUUUACGGUUUCCGAAGAAAGUAAAUAAAAACAGUCACGUUGUGUUACAAUAACAACAACCAGUGAAAUCACAAAGUCUUACAACAUCAUACUUUGUUUAUUGGCAUGUGCAACAACAAUAAAUACAACUAACGGUAGUGGAUAAAAUUGAAAUUGUGCCAAAUUUAUUUCAGCGUGUGCUUUUUUUCACUCGCGCGUGUGUGUGUGUAGGCUUAUUUGUGCUGUUAAUAUUUAACACUCACAACUACAUUGACAUACAAACAAACAUCUUUUGAGUUGUGUGUAUUCUGCCAUAGUCUACUGUGCUACUGUAAAAGUCACCGUUAUAAUAAAACAUUUUUUGCACAAAAUGUCACUGCAUAACGUCGCAUCGUUGCAGUUUUGGCUGGUCAUCCUUUUGGGGUUAAGCCACUUUGGCACGCGAACCGAAGCACGUGCGGUCAAUGUCAGCAACACUUGGACUAUGCCGCAAGAGGGACUCAAUGUCUUCUACCGUUUCUUCCGCGAUCGAAUAUCUUGGUUUGAGGCCGACGCUGUGUGCCAAUUUCAUCACGCCAAUCUAGUGACAGUUGAUAACAGUUUCCAAUUUGAUGCAACACGCGAUCUUCUUCGUGAACUGGAUGUGAACGACAUUGUUUGGAUCGGUUUGAUGAGACCGCAGAGUUCUGAACGUUUUAUGUGGUCCAAUUCUCGCCCACUGGUCACCGACACCGGCUACUGGGCUGAAUCGUUGCCACUAAUGGAUGCACCACUCUGUGCCGUUAUUGAUCCCAUACGCGAUUAUCGUUGGCAUGCAUUGCGUUGCGGUGGUCCGGAAACCGCAUCGUUCCUCUGUGAAAUGCCGGUGCCAGCCUGGGCUGAUGCCUGCAUACUCAAGGAUAUGCCCAAUCUUACAAUGCAAUACAUGGCCGAUACUGCAAGCAUUGAGUUGAUACGUAAUUGCGCUGAAGAAGGCCUGCUGAAGCAGUCGUGCAAAGGAAAGCAGGAUCGCGAUCGUGCACUCCGUGAGCUGAUCUGCCCACGGGAACGACUCGAGGCGCAACGCAUCAACGACAUAACCAAUUCCCACUUCAAGUCUUUACAAAUCAUCAACAGCAUACGCACAGACAACAAUGAGAAUAAUGAUAUUGAGUUGCUACCCUUAGGUGAGACAUCUUACGGUUCUUCCAGCAGUAGUGAUAUCUCCGAGCAGGUACCAACUGAAAAGAACACCGUACAGCGGCUGAUCGAACAAUUCAAUGUGGACGAGCUCAUGCAGGCAGAUGAAGCAGCCAUGCCUGUUAGUAGUUAUCACAUACCAGGAGAAAUACCGAAGCCCGUGAAGAAGGCGGCCAAGAAGGUGAUCAUGACAAAUGGUGGUGAGUAUCAGAAAAAGAAUCGUGGACAGAAAUAUGAAGAGAUGACCAUCCAGUUGCCACCACCAACGCCCAAACCCAAGAAGCCACAACAAAUGCUCUCCUUGGAUGACAUGAUGAUGGGUGACCAACCGCAACAAAGUGGUGAGCCGGAGAUGAUGGAGCAUGUCGGUCCGGAGGAAGAUGAGGUCUCUAAUGAAAUAAUGGAACCGUUGCCACAUAAGAAAAAAAUAUUGCCACAGGAUUUGAAGACAAUGGCACCAAUAACGGAGAAGAGUUCUGAAGAAGUCAAAAGCGCAGAACGGUUGCUGGAAAAGAAGGUAAUGUUUAAAACUACUUUAGCACCUGCGACCACUACUACAAGUACUACUACCACAAUGGCACCCGCAACGACGACUACAACAACCACAACCUCUACAACAACAACAACUACAGCACCGACAACAAAUGCUCCCAUCACCACUGCGGCUCCGGUCUCAACUUCGCCGGCAAAAACACAACACUUACCGGAAACAACUACUACAGCAGCACAUCCUCCGACCACAACUACCACACAGUCAUCUUACUUUGGUCUCACCUCGCACACCGCUGAGUCCGAAUCUCAUUCUCAUUCAACUUCCGUGCCAACUGGUAGUCCCACAACAUCACAUAUAUCGCCGAAAUCAACUGAGUUCGACGAUGACGCUGACCCACUCGCCAAUAUCGGCCAUCCCAUGCAUCCCCAACAACAACAUGCUAAUGGAAAAAUUGACGAGUCGCCGCAUCCACACAUGAAGGAGACAGUCGACAAUUCACAUUUCAUACCACCAAUGUUGUUGGUGAAAUCCCAUUAUGUGCCACCGCUAAAGCACAACGAGCAUCCCGGAGCUGAGCAUCAUGGCGCCCCUCUCAACGAGGGGUCAGCAACACAUAGCGGACAUGAAGAUCCGAGAGGAACAACCGGUAAAUCAUUGGCCGACUCCGCACACUACAGCACCACCGCGAGCUCGACGUCUGGGGCUGCAACAACGCACAGCCAACACAUAAAGGCGGAGAAAGUUACUGAUGAGGCUGACGUCGGAACGAUGACCACAAACACAAUGACGGCCACAAUGGCAGCAAUAAAAUCCGGAAUAACAACAACAGGGCGGAUGGAUACAACAACAACCAAAGUUGAUGAAUUAACAAGAAAAGCAAUCGAUAAAUCGACUAUCGAGGAAGCAGGAGAGGAAGAAGUAGGAAAGCAACGGCGACCAAAGGAAGUGCAGUCAGAAACUGUUAAGAUAAUUGACAGCAGAGAUGCGGCGAAGUUGCAAGAACCACAGGUUCGGUUGGGCCAACAGAAGCCGCAGAGACAGGAGGGUAGCAGUGACAAGCUAAGAAAUAUUAAAGCACAAACGCAAACUGGAAUGGAAACCAGGGAUGAUGAUAUGACAGAGAAAAUUGAGAAUGUUAAAGGAGUUGUAGCAGAAAAUCCAACAACAGCAACAACAAUAACAACGAUAGAACCACUACGAACAGACGCGCCUGCCAACGCCGCAAUUAUUAACAGACAGCACUCGCCAUCGACGCCAACAACAAUCACUGUGACUACAACAACAGCGUCAAUAGCAGCAGCAGCUAGCACAGCUACAACAACAAAAACAAUGAAAUCUGCUGACAACAUCGCCUCAAGAGUUGAAAUCGAGAAGCCAGUUAAACGGAUACCACAGACAAAAGAACUGUCAGCGAUGACAAGCAGUGUAAUGGCGGCUGAGGACAGUGUGCUUACUACAGCAACAACAAUAGCAACAACAGCUGAUAAGAUGGAUGAAGCGCAGCAAACAAUAAAAGCCAUAACCGCAACACAAAGGCAACACGAUGAGGAUCACACAAAAGCCGGAGCAGCAGUAAUAACAACAACAACAACAAUAACAGUAGCUGAAUCCAUCUUAGGCCACAACAAGCCGGCCUUAGAGACUAUUCGUCCUUCAACACAAUCCAGCUUGGCAACAACCACAGCGCCAGCUGUUGCUUCCUCCGCCGCUGCAGCCAUCACAGUUCCCACUCAUACAAUUACAACAACCACAGCAUGCAGUAACAGCGAUACAAAUUCUCCAGAAUCGACAACCACUUUCCACGACGCCUUGGACGAAAGCUCUACGAACGCAGAUGUUGCCGACGGCCCAACCGGCGCUGACAAAAAACUCACGCGUGUACAUCGCACUUGCCAACCGCGCAUCGAGAAGACACAGCAUAAGGGUAAGCAGCAUACGAAGCAUCAUGCCGCGCACACCGUGGAAUCACCAACGCCGACACAUAAUUUCAUGAAAGAAGAGACCGAGACGCCACCAUACAAGCCAAAUCGUCAUCGCGUGCUGACCAAACCGGAAACUGUCAGCUAUUUUAAGAAGAUUUUAGGUUAAGCGAGAGAAGUUGUAAGGCGACAAAAUGAGAGGGUAGGAGAGAAGGUAAAGUGCAAAAAAAAAAACGUAAGGUGUGCAUAAGAGAGACGGAGAUAGACAGAAAAAAGUGUAGAAGGAGAGCGAGCGGUUCAAAAGAUAAGGAAUGAGAGAUAAUAGGGAAAGGGGGAAAGGAGAGGACAACGGAGUAGAAUGAAGGAGAGCAGCAUAGUUUGGAUGCAAGAAAAAACCAGAUGUGGUAAAUAUAUGAGGUAAGAUGACCGUUAAGAAUAAAGAGCAGAUGAGACUAGAAUAAUAAUACGAAUGAUAAUGGCAAAAGUAAUCGAGAUGCGUAAAAAUGAACAAGAUUACAAAAUAUCUAAGUUAUAGGUAAACUAAAUUUAAUGCAAUACAAAUUCGGUGUGCAUAGAGAAUUUUAGUAGAACAUCGGUAAUAGGAAUAUGCGAGAAUAAGGAAAGGAGGAUAGGAAAGAAAGAAAGAGGUGGAAAGAGAAGUGGAGAGAGAGAAAAAUUAGUAGAGGGAGAGAAAAAAUGGAGGAGAGAAAAAGCAAGGCACGAGCGAUGGAGAAGCUAAGAGAGAAGAAGAAAGAGUGAGGCGGAGAGAGAGCCGAGGGAGAGAGAGAGAGAAGAGGAUGGAGAGAUAUAUAGGUUUGCGUCUUAUAGUUUAGCCUAAAGUUACAAGGAAUCAUAGUGACCAAUUAUAAAUUGUUUGAAGCUUAAGAAUUUAAAAAUUAUCUAACUGAAAGAAAACUAUAAUGCAGAGGAGAUAAUUUGAAAGGAAAUUAGUAUAGUAUGUCAAUUUGAGAAUAAGUAAAAGUACAGAAAGAAAUCUUUAGAAGCUGUAGCUAAAGGAAAAGAGUCAGAUUUUGAUCUGAAUUCAGCUAAAAUUUUUUAAACGAGAAAAACAAUGGUUUAUUAAUGCAACAAGUUAUACGUAAAGUAACAUAAAUAUCUCUAGGGAGCAAAAUGCGAAUGGGGAAAAGAAAAGGAAGAGUAUGCGAUUUCUGUAUACAACUUCGACAGGGAGAAGAGAUUUAAAAUAAAAGGUUGAAGGUGAGAAGAUAAGGCCAAAUUAGCUGAGUAUGUCAUUGCAUAUAUAUUUACAUAAUUACACAAGCUCACGCGAACAUAAAACCCAAACAAAAUAAAAAUCAAUGGAAAUAAGAAAAACUGUCUACCAAAAACUCCAAUACGUUCAUAUGUUGUUAAACUUUUUUAAUGUGUUUAUGAUAAAAAAAAAUUAAAUGUUAAAAAAAGUUAAAAGUUUCGCAGUUGAUUUUUUCUACAAAGAAUUUCUCUAAGCCAAUGUCAGUGUUGGAUAGUUUAUGUUAUAGCCACAAAAGGAGAGGAAGAGAGCGGAAUUACACCGAGUAGAAAGUUCACUUUAUAAAAAGCGAAACAACAAUAGUUGAAUGUUUUAAGCGAUAUAACUUAAUUUUGAGCACAAAAGUAGUGAAAAAUAUUAGAAAACAAACCUUGUGCCGUUAAGAAGAGAGGUCGUAAUCCAUAGUGGAGCUCUUCAUCAAUCACCUUAUCGUCUCGUCUUUUCUCUGCAAUAUUAAAGAGCUUUGUUUUGUAUUUAUUUCGCUAAACGUUCUGACAAACUACCUUGGUAGAGCUUUGCAAAAUUCUUAGAAAUUAAAAAUCUUCGGUUAGUCAACCAAAAAGUAACCCCAUUUAAAUUAUAAAAAUUUUUAAAUAAUUUUUUAAUUACUAAUUGAAUUUUCAAUGCAAUUUUAGCGAAAAAAUAAAAUAAUUAAAAAAUAAACUUAUUAAAAGUUAAUCGCUCUCUACCGAACAUUGAUGCCGCAAAAUAUACAAAAUACUUAAAAUAUUAUUGAAAUAUUAAGCGCGGAAUACUUGACUACAUUGACAUUGGCAAACAAAAAACCAAGGCUGCAACUUAACGGCAAAUUUCACGUUUAUCAAAAAAUUUCAACCGAUUUGGUUGAACCAUGUGUAAUUGAUGUCGUUAAAGCAGUUAACAAAAUAAAUUUUAACUCGUUUUUAACCGAAACGAAAUGCUGUCGUUAAUGUUAAAUUGUUAACAGAUCAUGUUAAAUCGCUAACAGAUAAUUGAAAAUCUUAACACUGCAGAAUGCUGUUAAUAUCAAAGCAAGCAGCCACUUUUAAAUUAACAUUAACGAUGAGUUUUUGCGGUUUCAACAAUAACAAAUUCUUUUCGUUUCGUUAACAUGACGGCGAAACGAAACGAAACAAUUUUGUUAGGUUUAUUUCUCAUAUUAACGAGUCGAAAUGACAUCUCUACAUAAAACCAAAAUAUGUUUGCAAUUUAUUUCUAAUUGCAAUUAAAUAUUUAUUGUAACAGCAUGGAAAUAAUGCUUUUCUAAUUUCCAUAAAAAAUCAAUUAAAUUUUUCCAAAAAAGUAUGAAAGUGCUCGGAAAGUAUGCAAAACAUUAAUAGCAACAACAACAAAUACAACAACAAGCACACACUAAAUAUAGUGAAAUGAAAAGAGUUUUGCAUGAAAUUACACUCAAAAGCGCACAUAAAACAUAUACACAUAUAUAUGUAUACAUGCAAACAUACAUUCGUAAAAACAAGUGU